GCAAUUGAUAAAUGUACAACGCAUGUUUUAAAUUAUCAUUGGUAUAAGCCGAAAUUCAUAAGCGAUGUUGGAUGUAUAAAUCAUAAUCAUGAGAGAUCUAGUCUGUCAACAACUAGUAACACUUUAGCUGCAGUGAACUCAAAACAAAGAUCUCACUCAAUAAAUUACGUAUCAUCGGAUUAUGAAAGUUUGGAUUAUGAUCAUUACGAAAGUGAACUUACUGUUAGAGAAGAAAAGUUAAACGGCUAUAGAACAGUAGUGGCGACUAAUGUGAUUAGAUGGCUUAUUUAUUUUUCUAUUGCUAUAUGUACUGCAGUAGUUGGAAUUUUUAUUGAUACUGUAAUUGAAUAUUUGUGUAAUUGGAAGUUUCAAUCGAUUCGAAAUUGUAUUGAUGUUAAGCACUCGACUGUAGAGUGUCUGAUUAUUUGGAUACUUUUCACCGUCAUCCCUACGAUUAUUGGAUGUUGUGUAGUACUAUUUAUGGAGCCCUCAGCUGCUGGAAGUGGUAUUCCAUUUGUAAUAUCUUAUUUAAACGGAGUUCGUAUACCAAGAAUGACAGCCGUUCGAUGUUUAUUGGUAAAAGUAAUAAGCGUGGUAUGUGUCUGCGCAGCAGGUCUUGGUGGAGGAAAGGAAGGACCAUUAAUCCACAUUGGAGCAAUGGUUGGUGGUUCAGUCGUAGAAGCUUGGUGGAAAGGUUUUAGAAAUGGUCCUGGUCGGAAAAUUAUUGGACCUUUACAAAAUGAUCAAGAAAGGAGAGACAUGAUGGCAGCAGGCGCUGCUGCGGGACUAUCGGCCGCUUUUGGAUCACCUGUAGGAGGGACAUUAAUGAGUCUUGAAGAAGGAACGAGUUUUUGGAGCUCAAGUCUCAUGUGGAAAGUGUUUUUUUGUGCAGCAAUAGCUUUUCCAACAUAUAACGCUGGUAAAAAUGUACUUUUUACUAAUAAUUCAAAUCCAUCAGAAUCUGUUCACAGCAAAAGUAUUUACUUUUUUGGGAAGUUUAAUGAAAACACAAUUUAUUUUUCUUAUUCAGAAUUUCCCAUUUUUGUUAUAUUUGGGAUAUUCGGCGGCGUAUUUGGAGCUUUAUUUGUCAAUAUUAAUUAUCGGUUAUCCAUUUUUAGAAUGAAACACAUUACAUCAAAUAGAAAAAAACUUCUAGAAUCUGUAUUUGUCGCAGUAUUUGUUGCCAUAGUAAAUUUAACAUCCAUGAUUUUGUUAAACAACUGUCAAACAAAACUAAAGAUGAGCUCGUUUAAUGCAGUACAUAUGUAUUGUCCAACAGGGAGUUAUAAUGAAAUAAGCUCAUUUUGGCUCCAUACUCAAGAAGAAAAUAUUAGAUCAUUAUUUCAUUAUCCAAUUGAAGCAUAUUCAAUAGUCUCAUUAUUAGUUUAUUGUAUAACUUACUUCAUAUUAACAGAGUUAACUGUUGGUCUUAACAUGUCAGCUGGAUUGUUUUUACCUUCGUUAUUGAUUGGAGCUGCUUGGGGACGUAUUGCAAGCAAAGUUAUUCAUUAUUAUUCUCCUGGUAUUAUUGGAAAUAAUCCAGGAAAAUAUGCAUUACUUGGUGCUGCAGCACAAUUAGGCGGGAUCGUAAGAGCUACUAUAAGUCUGACUGUCGUUUUUAUUGAGGCUACAGGAAAUGUUCAGUUCUUAUUACCACUGAUGAUCACUUUAUUUACAGCUAAAUGGACUGGUGAUUUUCUUACAGAUGGUAUUUAUGAAAUGCAGAUUAAACUGUCAGGUGUUCCUAUAUUAGUAAGCGAACCACCACCUUUAACUAGCGAUAUAACGACAGAAGACUUUAUGAGUGAUACAGUAUGUGCAAUACCUCAUAUACUAAUGGUCGGAAAAUUAGUGGAUAUAUUGAACACAACUAAACACAAUGGGUUUCCUGUGGUAGCAUCGAAAGUUUGUUACUGUCGAACAACUAUAGAACAUAAAUGUUAUGGCUUACUUAAAGGAUUUAUUCUUCGGUCUCAGUUAAAUGUCAUCCUUGAGCACAAUUUAUACCUUACUCCUUUACAUGAUGAAAAUUAUUAUACAAAACUGGAGCUUAUUAGAAAGUCAACGUUUAUUUGUGACGAUACUCUACUUUAUCAGAGAUUAAAAGUCGGAGAAGAUGAAAGAAGUAUUGUUAUUGAUUUGCGACCGUACAUGAAUUCAGCACCAUAUAUUGUGAGAUUAGAAACAAGUUUAUCAAGGACUUUUAGAUUGUUUCGCACUUUAGGACUGCGGCACAUAGUUGUUAUCAACAACACUAACGAGGUGGUCGGUAUCAUAACACGAAAGGACUUGGCAAAAUUUCGACUUUGGAGAAAAGCUGCCACAAUGGGACUAAAAGAAGUCAAUGUGUACUAAAAUAUAAAAUAUAUUAUAGUUAUAAUGUUAAAAUUUAUUCUCUUAACUUAAAUUUACACUUAGACGUGUGUUUUCGAAUUUUUGAAGUGAUGUCGCUAGACUCAUCCUAUUACACAUCUUCGCAAGUAUUUAAAUUGUAUUGAAUACUGAUCUAUUUGCUUAUUGUACUUAUUGUAUAAUAUUUACAAAUAGAUUGUAAAUAAAAAAUUGCAAUGUCAUGUGUUAAAAUAUUUUUUAGAA